UUAAUUGGGUUACUGUUUCUUCCGACAACACUCUACGAAACACGUAAAAACUAACUUUUCAAAACUAUUUAAAUAUUAAAAGUUAAUAAUUGUUUUUAUUGAAAUUAAACUGUUCAGCUUAAUUUUUUUGUAAAUAUUCUGUCACGACAAAUACUUGAAAUAUAAAUUUUUUUAUUAAUAACGUUUGAUUGUGUAAACAUGUUGACGUUCCCAUGCUCAAAUUAUUUGUUUGUAAUGUAUUAAACCAUUUUAAUUAGUGCCAAACAAAUAAAUUCACCCGUUGUCUUUGGCAUACACUUACACAGUUAUUGUUCAUAAUAAUAGUCAAAUUCAAUAAGACACAUCAUAAAUACACAAAGGAUUGGUAAUAAAUAAUCUGAUGACGUAUUCGGAAGUCUUGGACCAAAGUUGCCAUUAUCCAUCUUCUUCCUCAAAUAAAAUAUAUUGGCAAAUUAAAUUAAAGGAACAUUAUUAUUAUAUUAAAAUGUAUACCUAUAAUUUUCUUAGCACAUAAGGUAUAACAUUGUAACACAUAUUCAAAUAAAAUAGUCAUAUUAAAUAAUUCUAUUUGAAUAUCUGUACAUUUUCAAAAAUAGUUUUCAUUCGAUUGAUAUGGAUAGCAUUUGAACACGAAAAUAUCUUAAACAAUAGACAAACGGACUGAAGUUUGCUUUACUAUAAGAAAUUGAAAAAGAAUAUAAGCGAAUAUUAUGAGUGUACGACCAAUAUUAAAUGCCUUUAAUUGGUUUUUUUUAACCUGCGGUGGGGGCAGUGUUAGCUACAAUCAAGGAAAGUUUAAGAUGAUGUUUUACACACUACGAUGCAUUUCCAUUUGUUUUGGACUCAAUGUCAUGUAUCACUCAAAUAUUCAAUGGGCAAAAAUAGUUGAUCCAGACAUUUUUGACAUAACUUCAAUAGUAAUGAUGUUUUUUUUGGAAAUGAUGUAUAUUGGAAAUAUAGUAUCCAGAGUAUGGCGCAUAUUUUUUGAUAAUCGACUAUCAGUGGUAUUGACUAAACUUGAAGAAAUUCAUGAAAAAUUAAUACAUCUGAAUGUGGUCAGACCACUGAAAAUAAAAAAUAAUUGGCUUUUUAUUACUGGAAUUAUUGUACAUUUUAUUGCAAGUAACAUAAUUGUGGCCAAAUUUUUUAUUGUUAGCUGGUUCGUGUACGGGAAAACAAACACGGCUUGUUCUAUGGUAAUAAACAACAUAUAAAAUAUUUUAAGUAAAUUUAUAUUUUAUAGAUCUUGAAACUAUGAUCUUUAGACAUUAUUAGGGGUUAGAAAAUAUAUCAAGCACAUUAAAUAUAAAGACAAUCAAAUUAUUAAAAUGUUUUCAGAACACUGGGUUUUUUCUUAACAGCGAGUUGGAAUAUUAAAUAAAUAAAAUAGUUUAAAAAUUUUUUAGGCCAUGUAUUUGGUUUCAGUGGUGUGUGAAUGUGCUGCAUUUUAUGAAUACAUACUACUAAUAUUAUACAUCAGAUGGAUAGUGUACAUCAUAAAUGAACAAAUACUGUUAAGACAUUCAAUAAUCAGUACCCUGAGAGAUAUGUAUUUGGAAGUUAUCGAUUGCUUGAUCGUUAUCAAUAGAUCAAUAUAUGGUUUGCCGGUCAUAUCGACUAUUAUUGCGACAAACAUUGGAAGACUGUUUUAUGAAUUUUAUAAUCAUAUACUUUUUCCUGUACCAGUAUACGAAGGUGAAGAGCUAAUAACACUAACCAUGGGUCUAUCAAUAUGUGUUUUUGAUAUCAUUGUACUAUACGGAGUUGGUCAUGCAACGGAAAAAGAGAUAAAUCGGAUGAGUCUCGUGUUACACCAACGGUCAUUCAUUGAAAGAAACCCUAGAAUAAAACGUCAGAUCAAGUUUUUUAUGCUACGGAGAUUUCACGAACCCUUUCGUUUCAUGCUUUUUGGAAUAUGUGAGAUUAAUUUAAGAAAGUUAUUGUCAUUGUUAAAUAAAACAGUUGCUUAUUUAGUCAUACAAGUUCUGUUCAAAUUGAAUAAAAUUAAAGAAAGAUAUAUUAAGUUUAUUGAUAGUUAAUGCGUUAAUAAAUUGUGUAA